UCCACCGAAUGAAUCGAGUGUCGGCUGAUGGAGGUUAGGGUGACGCUCGUCCUUUGAGAAAAGAAAACGACUGUUUUAGAUUAGUGUAUCGAAAUUCUAUAUUUUGGUAGGAAAGAUCAACUAGAAGAAUGCCAUCUCUUUUAUUCUGCGGUCCGAAAAUGGCCGCCUGUGGAAUAGUGAUCAGCAUAUGGGGAGUCAUCAUGUUGGUGAUGUUGGGGAUCUUCUUCAGUGCAAAGUCUGCUGUGCUGAUUGAGGAUGUGCCCUUCACUGAGGAGGACAUCCGCAAUGAUAAGAACCCACCGGGAACCAUCUAUGGACUCUACAACCAGGUGGGCAUCAACUGCUUCAUUGCAGCAGCCAUCUAUGUUGCAGUGGGGGCGGUGUCACUCUGCCAGGUCAGACUCAACAAGCGGCAGGAGUACAUGGUGACAUAAAUUCCCCUGCAGCAUCAGAAGAUUAUACACACACACUCUAUUUCAAGUUCUCAAGGGAAGCAACCUUAUAAAAAGCUAUUUAUAGAGUAAAACAUUCAACAUAAGUCCUCUCUGUUAUGCUAUUGAUUGAAAUGUUAUCAUUCUUUGUAUUUGCAUACAACUAUUUAUUGAAUUGACCAAAACUGUAACCCAGCAAUGCUAACUGACAAUAUUGAUAAUGAUAAAUAAAAAUGUAAAUCUUGUUCCCCUCAAGGACCAAACAUUACAUUCAUGCUAGAUAACGCACCACAAAUUCCUAGAUGCAACAGACCACUACAGUUACAGAAAUCUGUAAUUAUCUCCUCUUUCAGUCUGAAUUCACAGCAAAUUGAUAGAUGGUCAGUGUCUGUCAGGCAAAUCAAGAGAUAUGUAAAAAAUGGUUAAAUACAUUUUGUGUUUGUGCACAGUUUAUUGUGUUUAUUUAUGUGCUGUUGUGAAUUGUACACUGUAAAAAUAUAGUUGCUGGAUUCAGUCCAUAUCGCAGAAGAUCUGUGUUAAAAUGUAAAGAUAAUUUCCGAUUGAGCCGACAUAUGCAGCGUCAGAGAUACUUUUGAGGAGAUGGGAAACUCCAUUUGAGUCGUAACCAUUGUGUAAAAGUAG